CAAAGAGAGAGACCGUCCUGUCCACCUGGGCAAUUCUACAGCUGGCCAACAGCAAGCAGCAGCAGCAGCAGGUGGCAUCGUCUCCUCUUCCUCGCGCGCGCCCAAUGGAUGGUCUCACCAUUCUCAUCCUCAUCGAAGAAGAGACGUGACGGGAAAGCAGGCAUUGAUGGUGGUGCCCGUCAGGCAUGCAUUCCGUCAGAGUCAGUCAGUGCAUUCCCUUUUCGCUAUCUACAGUAUCUAUUAAUUAUCACCGCCCGUGUCUAGUGCGCGCGCGCGGACGGAGACGAAAGCAUGUGGUGUGUGUGUGUCUGUGUGCGUGUGUGCAGGCGCCCGUCGAUCCAUCCAUCUCCCUGCGCCAGACGAUAUUGCGUGGUCGCUUACACACGAACCUAUUUCCCGGACACGCUUUCGCUAUACUGGCUGGUCCAUUAGGUUUCUUAGUUACUAUGCGGCGCAGCAAGCAAGCAAGUCGAGUUCGUCAAACUCUCCAACACGCCGCAGCAGAAAGCCCGUCAGCCUCGUUUCCCUCACUCUCCCUCUCUUCCAUUUUCCCUUGCUGCCAACUACCCUCUCCCUCUUGCAUCUUCCCUGUGAUACCCCGGACUCUGCAUAUCGUCUUUUUUUCCGCGAUUCCAAUAUCGAUCCUUGGUUGGUCUGUCUGUCUGUGUUUCCCGCGGAUGUUGCUUCGAAAUCGCAUCCGGUCCUACACGACAUUAUCCUAGAAAGAAAAGGAAAAAGAAAAAAGAAAAAAGCUGAGGGGAACAGACCACUGUGUUUUGCGCCGGAAAAGCAACAAAUAAGGUGCCCGCAUCGAAAGCUC